GUCUCUUUCUGCUGUCUGUCAGAGUCGUAAGAGGAGGAGCCCAGGCCUUGCCGCCUCAGGGUGCCUGCGGCAGCCUUUGCAAAUGCAGAAGGGCUGGUUCAUCGAUUGCCACUGCCACCUCACAGCCGAGGAGUUCAGGCAGGACAUAAAUGAUGUGAUUGAAAAAUCAAGAAAGGCUGGAGUUCAAGCUUUUGUUUCCGUUACAGAGCAGCAAAGUGAAUUUGAGGAGGUUAUUGAUCUAGCAGAAAGGUAUCCAGAGUCUGUCAUGGCAUGUUUUGGGAUUCAUCCGAUUCAGGGCAGUGCAGAUGGACAUCGCAGUGUUACUGUUCAGGACUUGGAACCUGCCCUUCCAUUCUUUGAGAAGCACAAAGAUAAGCUGGUGGCUAUUGGAGAGAUCGGUCUAGACUUCACUCCAUGGUUUGUGUCCACAUCCCAGCAACGUGAGGAGCAGCAAAAGGUCUUUGCAUUACAGCUGGAUAUAGCUAAACAACUAGACCUGCCAGUUUUGUGUUUUGUAAUGAACAGAAACGUUCAUUCUCGUUCGGCUGGGAGACAAGCUAUUGCUUUUCUUAAGGAGCAGGGUAUUCAGAACGCACUGCUUCAUAACUUUGCUGGCAGACCCUCUGUUGCCCUGGAAGGAGUACAAGCUGGCUUUUGUUUUUCUUUUCCUCCAGCUGUCACAAGGAAUGAUCAGCGAGCAAAGUUAAUAAGACAGAUUCCACUAGAGAACAUUUGCCUGGAGACCGACUCACCCUCUCUUGGCCCAAAGAAAGAGGUACAAGCCUCACCCACAACUGAAGCACCAUAUGGGACACAGACAAAAGGAACAGGAGGACCCGUGUGUUCCCCCAUCAAAAUCCACUUUGUCCUUGGAGAAAGUGCCCUGAACUAAGAACCAGGAGACCAUGAGUUCUAGUCUUACAUUGUCUGUAGUUGACUAGUGUUAAUAAGAACUGCCUGACUAUGUAGUAUUAGAUAACUUUAAUAUAAGUGGUGUUAUCAUUCCACCUGUUGUUCCUGAUCUGGCAAUAGCUGCUGAGAAUGAUUCAGUAAAGGGUGUUACCAGAACUAAAGUAGACACGAGGAAUGACUAAAAGAAUGUGCCAUUGUCUUGUGUUCCACAGAUCUUCACUACAUCAUUUAUCUGCAUGCACUCCAACUGCCAUUCAUUGUUAGCUGUGGCUGUGCUGAAUGGCAGAAAGGUUACUUGGAGCAGGUUGCCAGAGCUGUCACUGUGAUAUGAGGAGUACCCUGUACAUGUACCUUGAAGGAUCAAACAUGCAUCAUUUCAAUGCUGAGUUGUGUAGCUUGUAUUAGUAGAAGUGCACAAAAUGUCUGCUUGCCAUGGAGAUUGUCAGCAAUCUGGUGGCAUGCAUGACAGCAGUGUCUGGGGCUUAGUGAGGGGUAAGCGAAGGCAAUGGCUCAGAAGGAAUCCUUAGGCAAGGGUGAACCGACAGUAACAUAUUGCAAGUCUGGAGUCAUCUGUGUUGUGUAGACUUAAUAUUUGGGUAUAGACCAAGUGUAGGAAACUCCUGUUUGCUAAACCAGGCCCAACUUGAGUUUUGCCUUAACAAACAGGUGUAAGACAGGUUGUAUAUGCUCUGUUGUAUAGUGCUGUUCCCAAAGCAUUUUUGAGCACCUGUAAGGGUAGAGUGCUAGUGUGUGUGAUCCUGGUGUGUUGAGACAUUGCUUGAUGACAGAGGUAAGAUUGGGGGUGGUGGUGGUGUGUACCAGACCUCAUUAUUUCCCAGUUUUCAGAGAUUUAAGUGUAGGUGCUCUUGAUCGUUCUGGAAGGGACGAGCACUGUCAGUCAAUCUCAACUCUGUGUUAAUGAAAUGUACGGGCAGUGAAUAACCAAUAGGCUUUGUUCUCCUCCACCUGAGAAAAGGAAAAUAUUACUUGUGGUGUGAUCAUUUAUGGAACACCACCCAUUUCAUCCCAAAGAAUCGUAAAUAGUAACAUAAAAGUUACUGUCCAUAGUGUAGCAGUGAACUAAAAUCAGUUAACCAGGCACUGAAAUACUUCCGCCUUGGGGGUGACAUGAGGAGAGAACACCCACAAUAUCACCACUGCACGCUGGGGUGUUGUGAAGCUUAGCUCACUCAUAUUUGUAAAAUACUUUGAGUUCUUGGAACGUCUUACAGAAGAGCAAAGUAUAAUACUGUUUACACACACAGGCCCUGAUUCCAUAGGUGCUGGAUCUAGGAGUGUGGCGGGGGUGGGUGGGGGGGUGUGCUGCAGCACCCCCUGGCUUGAAGUGGCUUCCAUUGUA